AUGUCCAUUUCCACCUUCACCAUCCCUCGGGACCUAGACCAUGAUGUCUCGUCCCCGCUACACAUUUCUUGUGCGGCAGAGCUGUCCAGGGAAGACCUCCUGCGAUUCCCGGCUUUUCGGGUCUGGCUGACCACCUUACAACGCUCCUUGAGUCGCCAGCAACAUCCCUCCCACGAGUUCUCCAAAGACCCUUACGUCCUGCGCAAGAUUGAUAUCCAGGCGGUGGAUUAUUUUGGUGGUGGGCGUCUAGGCUUUUUGAAGCUGAAGGCGGAGGUGUCAAAUGGCAACGGCGAGACGCUCCCGGGAAGCGUGUUCUUGCGCGGUGGUAGUGUAGGAAUGCUGCUCAUACUUCAACCAGACGACGUACCCCAUUCGGCGGAAGAGGAAAAGCGUGCAAUUCUGACCAUCCAACCCCGUAUCCCCGCAGGCUCUCUCGCCUUUCCCGAAAUCCCAGCCGGCAUGCUCGACGACAGCGGAUCGUUCGCAGGGGGUGCAGCAAAAGAGAUCCAGGAGGAGACGGGCUUGAAAAUACCCCAGGAGGAGUUACUCGACAUGACAUCGCUGGCUCUGCGGUCGGUGGCAGAACCCGAUGACGGCGAGACGUUGCAAAAGGCCAUGUACCCCUCAGCCGGUGGUAGCGACGAAUUCAUUCCCUUGUUUUUGUGUCAGAAACGGAUGCCGCGCAAGGAAAUCGACAACCUGCAAGGAAGGUUAACUGGAUUACGACAGCAUGGAGAGAAGAUUACACUGAAAGUGGUACCACUGAGGGAUCUCUGGAAAGAGGGUCUGCGGGAUGGAAAGACCCUUGCAGCGUGGGCGUUGUAUAGAGGGCUCAAGGAGGAGGGGAAGCUAUAG